AUGUAUUCUCAGGGCCACCAGGGCCAGCCGGUCAUGCUGAACGGGGCCCAAGGCCAUCAGAGGUUUGGCAUGCCCAUGCAGAAGUUUCAGCAUCCCGGCCAACACCCACAGCACCCUCAACAGCAACCUCAGCAACAGCAACAACACCAUGCUCCGCACUCGCAAUCCAACCCGGCCCUCUCCCACCAGCAACAUAGCUACUCCACCGGUACUCUUUCCAACGCUGCUGCUCAACACUUUACCCCCUCACAUAUGCAGAAUGGUUCCUCCGCCAAUAUCGAAGACGAAGUUGACGAGCCCAUGAACGAGCACUGGCAGCAGCAGCUACAGCUGGCUGCAGAGUCUAGACAGGCCAAUUCUCCGCACUACUACGCCAGAUCAGUAGCUCAGCAGACCAAGGGCAUCCAGCUAUCCUCCCACCAGAACGAUUCAAACGAAAGCGGCACCGAGGAGCGUAACCGUGCCGUUGCCGUAAAGGAAACUCGCAGACAGGAUUGGAUGGCAAUUGAUUUCGGUGGCCAGGGCCUUCGCGCUCUCUCCAACGGUCUCUUCCACUAUGCUUUCCUCGAUAAACUCUACCUCAACCACAACAAGCUCAAAACCCUUCCCCGCAAGAUCGGCCAACUCAAGAACCUCACCCAUCUCGACGUGUCCAGCAACGAGCUCACGGAGAUCCCAGAAGAGAUUGGCAUGCUCACCAAUCUGAAGAGGUUCCUGCUUUUCGAUAACAACCUUCAAACUCUUCCCUAUGAGAUGGGCUACCUCUGCGAACUAGAGACUCUCGGUAUAGAGGGGAACCCGUUGAAUGAUGUACUGAAAUCCCGCAUCAUGCAGGAAGGGACGAAAGCGCUUAUCAAGUAUCUCAAGGAAGAGACUCCAGUUCCAAUGCCGCCGUCUGAUCGAGAUUGGGUUGUUUUGGAUGAAAGCGGCCGCGGCUCGUCAAAGAACCCCCACGACAAGUUUACCGUGCUUACAUACAACACUCUUUGCGACAAAUAUGCUACUCACCAGCAGUACGGAUACGCGCCGUCCAGAGCACUGGCCUGGGAGCUACGUCGCGAUCUCUUACUUAGCGAAAUACGGGGCCAGGACGCUGAUAUAGUGUGUCUGCAGGAAGUCGACCAAGGCAGCUACCAUGGCUUCUUCCGAGAACAGCUAGCAUACAACGACUACAAGGGUGUAUACUGGCCCAAGGGUCGUGCACAGGGCAUGAGCGAGGAAGAAGCCAAGGUCGUCGAUGGAUGUGCCACUUUCUUCAAGGGAAGCAAAUACAUCCUGCUUGAGAAGGCCAUGAUCCACUUUGGUCAAACUGCAGUUCGACGACCAGACGCCAAGGGACAGGACGACAUCUACAACCGGCUAUGGCAAAAGGACAACAUCGCCGUUGUAGUCUACCUCGAGAACCGCAUGUCUGGGGAGCGAAUCAUCGUAGUCAACGCGCACAUCUACUGGGACCCGGCAUACAAAGACGUCAAGCUCGUCCAAUCCGCCAUCAUGAUGGAGGAGGUGACGCAGCUGGCCGAGAAGUUCAUCAAAAUCCCCCCAUGCACAGAUAAGACGGCGUUCCGGUUCUCUGAGCCAGAGGAUGAGACGGGUAAUGAAAACACCAGCCCACCAACCCCGGUUGAGCCGUCUCCCUCCGUCGAAUACAGCAGCGCUUCCCAGAUCCCGACCCUGGUAUGCGGCGACUUUAACUCCCGCCCUUCCUCUGCCGUCUACAACCUUCUCGCCCACGGCCGUCUGGAAGAAGACCACCCCGAUCUCCAGAACCGCCUAUACGGCAACCUCACUCGCCAGGGCAUGACGCAUCCGUUCACCUUGAAAUCAGCAUACUCGGCCAUUGGUGAGCUCUCGUUCACAAACUACACACCAGGCUUCACCGAUGUCAUUGAUUAUAUCUGGUACUCAUCCAAUCUGCUACAAGUUACCGGCUUAUUAGGCGAAGUGGAUAAGGAGUACUUGCAGAGGGUCCCGGGCUUUCCUAAUUAUCAUUUCCCUAGCGAUCAUCUGGCGUUGAUGGCGGAGUUUUCGGUCAAGGGUAAGAAGGGGAAAGUGGUGGAGGUUGACUUUGGGCCGCAACGAGAGCGGGAUAAGGAUCGAUCUCGCGCAUAG